ACAUUGCAGAUCUGGGGGUGGAAUAAUUUGUAUUUGCUUUCUUUAUUGAAAUUUGACAUAUUUGAUUAUCCAGGUUUGUGACUUUGGCCUUCCCCGCUCGAAGGCAAACUCGUUUUUUUCAUCUAAAACGUCUGGAUUGGAAGUUCUCUUCAAACUUAGAAAUUGUUUCUAUCAUUUUCCUGUAAUUGUUUCUCUUUAGAGAAAGCGUUGGAUAUUCCAGAUAUAAAACUGACCCUUUUUAUUUCUUUUCAUUAGCUCGGGUGGAUGGCACCAAAAUUCUCUGUAACAAGCCAUCUGAUGAGAAGCCUGAAGUUUACAGCUUUGGUGGUAGUUUUAUGGGAACUUGUGACCCCUGCAACGGCCUUGGAUUCAAAUACAUGGUUGUACGAGCUGUUGGUUUUAAGGGUGCAAGGCUUGAGAUUCCAAAUACUGUAAAUUGUGAAGUGGCUGCCUUGAUUGAGGCAGCUCUCUCUCUAAUGAUCUCCUGGAUUAUGCUGCAGCGAGCCCUGGAAAUGCCCUCCAUUCUCGCAUAUUAUGGAAUUUUUGCAGCAAGAUAUUAUAAAUUUCAAACCUCACAAGUCCAUGCACAUUCCAUGAUUUAUCUUAAGGGGUGGAACACUAGUAAGAAUAUAUGUUUAUACACGCGUGCCAUUCAUUUGAUGCUCUCAAAGCAGCUGGAGUUCUUAUUGGAGUUCUUAUUGUGUUAAUCCCUAUGGUGUGUGUGGGAAAAUUGAGUGUAGCUUGAAUAUUCUUGCUAUCUCCCUUGGGGCAUGUAUAGCUCAGCCAUAUGUGCUAUGUAUCCUUUUAAUUAAUGUGCCCCCUAGGCUUUCUUCCCUGGGGGUAUGUAUGGCCUAGCCGGAAAUGAAAAACCAUUGAUGUUCUUGUAUCAGAGAUAUCCAAUACCUACCCACUGCCA